CCUCACUCUCUCUCUCUCUCCUCCUGCACUCAGCUCAGCCUGCAGCCUCCAUCAUGUCCUCCUACCGCACCACCAGCAACACCACGGUGCGCAGCUCCGGCCGCAGCGUCAGCGGCGGCGGCGGCUUCGGCGGCGGCGGCUUCGGCGGCGGCUUCGUGGCCUCCAAAGCCCGCAGCGUGUACGGCGGCGCGACCGGCAGCGGGGUGCGCAUCUCCUCCGUGUCCGGCGGCGGUGCUGCAGCCUACGGCGGCGGCGGCGGCAGCGGCGGAUACUCCGUGAGCUACAGCGUGUCCGGCAUGGACAGCGGCGUGAUCGGCAACGAGAAGUUCACCAUGCAGAACCUGAACGACCGCCUGGCCUCCUACCUGGAGAAGGUGCGCUCCCUGGAGAAGGCCAACGCCGAGCUGGAGCUCAAGAUCCGCCAGUUCCUGGACAGCAAGGCCGGGCCCGCCACGCGGGACUACAGCGCCUACUUCGCCACCAUCGCUGACCUGCAGGGCAAGAUCCAGAAUGCAGUGAAGGUGAACGGAGCGAUCCACCUCAGCAUCGACAACGCACGCCUCGCCGCCGACGACUUCAGGCUGAAGUACGAGAACGAGCUGGCCAUGCGCCAGUCGGUGGAGAGCGACAUCGCCGGGCUCAGGAGGGUCCUGGACGAGCUGACGCUGGCCAGGACCGACCUGGAGAUGCAGAUCGAGGGCCUGAAGGAGGAGCUCAUCUUCCUCAAGAAGAACCACGAGGAGGAGCUGCUGGCCAUGAGGUCUCAGAUGAGCGGACAGGUGAACGUGGAGGUGGACGCCGCCCCUCAGGCCGACCUCAACUCCACCCUGGCCGAAAUCAGAGAGUACUACGAGGGCGUCACCAUGAAGAACAAGAGAGACCUGGAGGCCUGGUUCAAAUCGAGGUCCGAGGAGCUCAGUAAGGAGGUCAUCACGCAGACAGAAACGCUCAACACGUCGCGGUCGGAGAUCACAGAGCUCAAGCGAACACUGCAGGGGCUGGAGAUCGAGCUGCAGUCCCAGCUGAGCAUGAAAGCGUCUCUGGAGGCCACUCUGGCCGAAACGCAGAACCGGUACGCCAUGCAGCUCGCCGGGUACCAGUCGCAGGUGGCGUGUCUAGAGGAGCAGCUGGUUCAGCUGAGGGCCGACCUGGAGCGUCAGUCCGCCGAGUACCAGAUGCUGCUGGACAUCAAGACCAGGCUGGAGCUGGAGAUCGCAGAGUACCGCCGCCUGCUGGACGGAGAGGGCGGCAGCAGCACCAGCUCAUCCUCGACCAGGACCACCACCAAGCGCGUGGUGACCGUGACAGAGGAAGUCGUGGACGGGAAGGUGGUGGCCACCUCCACCAGCUCCUCCACCUUGGCCCGUUGAUCUCAACAAGCCAAUCAGAAGUCUUCUCUUCAGCACUGUCGAGCAGAAGUUCUGAACAGACAAUAAAGAGAGUCCAAG